AUGCUGGUGCUGGUGACGGCCGCCACAGGCCUGAUCAGCCUGCCCCUCCUGCUGCGGGACAUGCGAUCAUCAACCGAGCGACACCUGCUGGCUGCCCGCCGCAUUCUCACAGAAGUGCCUCUUAUAGACGGACACAAUGAUUUUCCUUGGAAUGCGAGGCGGUUUGUCUACAACAAGCUGAGCGGGGUGAACUUGACCUCUGACCUUCGUCACAAGCGACCCUGGAAUGAGAGCGUCUGGUCUCACACUGAUCUGGUCCGCCUGAAGGAGGGCAUGGUUGGAGCUCAGUUCUGGAGUGCAUACGUUCCAUGCGGGGCCCAGUACCUGGACGCUGUGCAAAUAGCGCUGGAGCAGAUGGACACGGUCAAGAGGCUGGUGGCCAAGUAUCCGACCCACACGGCCUUCGCGAGGACUGCGGACGACAUCGUGGCUAUCCACGCGGGAGGGCGGCUGGCCAGUCUGCUCGGCGUGGAGGGAGGACACGCCAUCGGCAGCAGUCUGUCCGUGCUCAGGAGCCUGCACGCGCUCGGCGCGCGCUACCUGACGCUGACUCACACCUGCAGCACGCCCUGGUCAGUCUUCUCAGCGGAUGAUGCAAACAGCCCACGGGACGCUGGCCUGUCCCCCAUGUUGCAGAGAGUGGUACGCGAGAUGAACCGGCUGGGCAUGCUGGUGGACCUGAGCCAUGCCAGCACGCAGACGGUGCGCGACGCUCUGGCCGUGUCGCGCGCGCCUCUUAUGUUCUCGCACUCGGCGGCGCACGCGCUCUGCAACAUCUCCCGCAACGUACCUGACUUCAUCCUGCAACAGCUGGCUCUUCAAGGUGGCAUCGUCAUGAUCAGCUUCUACAACCGCUUCCUGACCUGCGGGGACACGGCGACCUUGGAUGAUGUGAUAGCUCACAUUGAGCGGGUGAGGAAGAUGGCCGGGGUAGACCAUGUUGGCCUUGGAGCCGGCUACGACGGAAUCAACCUAGUGCCUGAGGGUUUGUCGGACCCCUCGUCGUACCCGGCCCUGGUGGCGCGCCUCCUCUCUCGGCCCGGCUGGUCGGAGGACGACGUCAAGCGGCUGGUCGGCCACAACUUCCUCAGGGUCCUCAGGAGGGUUGAACAGGUACGGGAUCACCUCUCGUCGGAAGAGGCGGUCUCAUUGGAUGAGUUAAAGCCAAUGAGCCGGCAUCGCCUGAGCAACAACUGCACUUACGACAUACGGCUUUAAUGUUUUAUGCCGUGCGCGUUGAUCCCGUAAGCGAAGCUCAAACGCCAUGUGUAGGAAUGGUGCGGUAACCAAUCAGAAAUAGGAAAUUCGUCAUUUCGGUUUGGGAAGGAACCAUCCAACAAGCCUCAGUUACUGGAGAGCUUUUUUGUUUAGCGGCCGACUA